UACUACCAUAAACCUCUUCAACUUCUCCUAUUUUAUUUUCCUUUCUUAUCUCUUCCAUAUUAUAUAGGUUCUAAAACUCCCCUUCCAUAAUAUCCCCUUCUCUUAUUUUCAUCUUCCCCAAUUUGUAUUUUAUUUUAAGUCGUCAAGACUCUACUAGACAUUGCUCAUGAUUCUUUUUGCUAAGGCAUAUUGGUUCUACUUUGAUUCUUGAUGUUUGGUAUCCAUGUCUCCGAUAAUUAGUGAAGUCCUUCUUUCCGGUUUCACCAUAAACUCAACUCUUCGUCGUGGUACACAUUUAGUCCAAUCCUUCUCUGUGUCCUUCCUUUAUUGGUUCUACAUGUUCUCAUGAAAAAAAGUUUCUACCUUUAUUCUGAUUCGCGUUGCGUAGGGCCAUUAGAACAUCAUUGAUAACUUUUCCCUAGUCACGCCAUCAUCUUUUUUCCCUAUAAUUGGAACUACAAUUGAUUCAGAUUUGCAUCACAUAGAAUCCACUAAAUGUAGUUUAACCAUUUGGUCCGGAAUAAAUUAGUCCAACUAAUCCAUUAGAGGUGAUUUAACAAUCUGUUAUUCAGAAUCCACAAACUCAAGGUACUAAUUCAGAUUUGCAUCGUGUAAGAUUUAUUAAAAGGUUCUUUGACCAUCUGUCAUCCUGAAUCCACAAGCCUGACCAAUCCAGAUUCACGUUAUGUAUGGCCUUUUAAAAGCCGGACCAAUCCACAUUCACAUCACAUAGGACCCAAUAAAAGUGAUUCAACCAUCCAAACAAAAUUAGCCUACCGACUCUACUAAUUCAGAUUGGCGCCACGUAGGGUCCAAUAAAGAGGUUGCCUUGUUCCAACACCAUCAAUUAAUUCUAUAGAAUUAUGGCUUCUUUUACUUCAGGAUCAAGUCAAGAAGAUCUUCAACAAGUAAUAGAUCAAAGAAAAAGAAAAAGAAUGAUAUCAAAUAGAGAAUCAGCAAGAAGAUCAAGAAUGAGGAAGCAAAAACUUUCUGAUGAUUUAACAUCUCAAGUAAAUCAAUUUAAGGAACAAAACAAUCAAAUUGCAACAAAUAUAAACAUGAUGACACAUCUUUUCUUAAAUGUGGAAGCAGAAAACUCAAUUCUUAGAGCUCAAUUGGUUGAGUUAAACCAAAGGCUACAAUCUUUAAAUGAAAUCAUAAGUUGCACAAACUCUAGUCGGAGCCUCGAAAAAUGCACUAGUACUUUUGGAGGAUCUGACAUUCACCCAACGACAAUAUGUUUACAGAGUCCGAGCAACAUAGCUAUUAAUUAUCAUCAUGAACUAGAUGAUUUCUUGAACCCUUGGAAUUUGCUCAAUGUGAAUCAAUCUAUUAUGGCUUCUCCUGAUUCCUUCAUGUACUGAUGAGUGAUGAUGAAUUGGUCAUUUUGUAACAAAAAUAUUAAUGUAAAAUGUUUGUGGUUCAAAAUAAAUAAAUGGUUGAUAAUUAUUAGUUUCCUUUUUGGCUUGUCUCUUGUGUUAUUUUAAAGAGAUAAUGCAAGUUCAAUUAUUGUGUGUUUGUGUCACACACUUCUCUAUUUGUAUUUUUUUUGGUUUAAUGUCUAUUUUCAAUGUUGUUGGGAU